GACACACCCACACUGAGGAAUUCUGGGAAAACAUGGCCGCUUCCGGUGUGUGUACGAGAUCCAUUUAACACUAAGGGAAAAUUGUGUGUUAAUGACGGAUUAACACACACACACACACACACACAGACAGAGAGAGAGAGAGAGGAGUGUGUAAUGGAGGAGUGCAGCAGUGAGGAGAGUUUAAACUCCAGGCUCAGCGCUCCCAGCCUUAGCAGUAGCAGCACGUCCCGGUCAGAGCGCUGCUCCCCUGCCAGAACCCCCACGGCACCCGGUUCUGAUCCGGACAGCUCCACUCCGCUCAGACAGGUGAGAGGAAAAACACCUGCUAAGGAUGAGCUGGAGUUGUUAGUGAAGGAAGUUGUGCAGAUUGAGGCUGAAGAUGUGACCUACAUCUGUCCGUUUAUGGGAGCUGUACGCGGCACACUGACCGUCACCAACUACAGACUGUUCUUCAGAUCAGUCAACCGGGAGCCUGUGUUUGUGUUGGAUCUCCCCCUCGGUGUGAUCAGCAGAGUUGAGAAGAUUGGAGGAGCCUCUAGCAGAGGAGACGUCUCUUAUGGUCUUGUCUGCAAGGACAUGAGGAACUUGCGGUUUGUCCAUAAGCAGCCGGACGACUCAUUAAAGAAAUCAGUGUUUGAUGUGAUGAACAAGUUUGCCUUCCCACUCUCCAACAACCUGUCUCUGUUUGCAUUUGAGUAUAAUCAGGUUUUCCCAGAGAACGGGUGGAAAGUUUAUGAUGCUCUAGCGGAGUACAAGAGACAGGGACUGCCCAAUGAGAGUUGGAGGAUCUCAAAGGUGAAUGAUCGUUAUGAGUUGUGUGACUCGUAUCCUGCGACGCUGGUUGUCCCGGUAACCGUUACUGACGAUGAACUGCGCCGCGUCGCCACCUUCAGGGCAAGAGGUCGCAUUCCGGUGUUGUCAUGGCUGCACCCCCAGAGUCAGGCGGCAGUGGUACGGUCGGGUCAGCCCAUGUCGGGAGUGAGUGGGAAACGCUGCAGAGACGAUGAGAAGCUGCUGCAGGCCGUCAUGGACGCCAACGCCCAGUCUCACAAACUCUUCAUCUUCGAUGCUCGACCCAGCAGCAACGCUGCAGCUAACAAGAUGAAGGGAGGGGGCUGUGAGAGUGAGGAUGCGUAUCAGAAUGCUGAACUCGUCUUCCUCGACAUACACAACAUUCACGUGAUGCGCGAGUCGCUACGGAAACUGAAGGAGGUGGUCUACCCCAACAUCGAGGAAUCCCAUUGGCUAUCCAACCUCGAGGCCACUCAUUGGCUGGAGCACAUCAAGGUGAUAUUAGCAGGUGCGGUGCGGAUAGUGGAGAAGGUGGAGUGCAGUAAGACGUCGGUGGUGAUCCACUGCAGUGACGGUUGGGACAGAACCGCUCAGCUCUCCUCUCUCUGCAUGCUGAUGCUUGACUCACACUACAGAACCAUCCGAGGAUUCCAGAACCUCAUCGAGAAGGAGUGGGUCAGCUACGGACACCGCUUCCAGCAGAGGGUGGGUCAUGGUGAUCAGAACCACACCGAUGCGGACCGCUCCCCCAUCUUCCUGCAGUUCAUUGACUGUGUGUGGCAGAUAACACAGCAGUUCCCUGCAGCGUUUGAGUUUAAUGAGUACUUCCUGUUGACGCUGCUGGAUCACCUGUACAGCUGUCUGUUCGGAACCUUUCUGUUUAACUCCGAACAGCAGAGACAUACUGAGGAGGCACAGAAACGCACCGUGUCUCUCUGGUCCUUUAUUAACAGUCAGUGGGAGGAGUUUGUGAAUCCUCUGCAUGUACACUACGACACACACGUGCUUUUCCCCUCCGUCUCCAUCCGACACCUGCAGCUCUGGACCUCCUACUACAUCCGUUGGAAUCCCCGCCUCAGACCGCAGGAGCCAUUGCAUCAGCGAUAUAAAGAGCUGCUUGCUAAGAGGGCGGAACUUCAGAAACGAGUUGAGGAGCUUCAGCAUGAAGUAGCCAAUCGUGCGUCUGCGUCUUCAGAGAGGACGGGGUCACCCACUCCCCCCGCCCCCACUAUACAGACCUUCAUAUGAUUGGCUUUUCUCUCUCUGUCUGUCUCUCUAAUCAGACUUAACUGAACACACACUAAUACACACUGUUAAUGUAGCAUGUUAGCUCGCUAAACUUUAACCCAUAAUGCCUUAGCAGUACUUUAAUCAACAGUAGGUUUAAUCAUAUUUAUAUAAACCAUGCCCUCUCUUAAACUGGCCCAAUCACAUGACCAAAACCAGCAUGGUCCAAUAAAGGUGUUAUACCUAAAUGAUGUAAGUUAUAGAACACUGACUGACUAAUUCUUUAAGUGUAAAGUGAGAAUGUUAGGGUGCGGUCAUGCCACACUACACAGCCUAAUUACCAUAUUCAUUACCAUAUGAUUAUCAUAUUGUGGGUCAGUCUUGCCUCUUGAGUCCUCUGUAAUAAAUACUUGAACAACAGCUUUGAUCCAAAUGGGUGUGUGUGUGUGUGUGUGUGUGUGUGUGUGAGAGAGAGAGAGAUAGAGAGAAUGAGUGGCAUCACCCUCUAGCUGGAGUUAUUUUAUCUGUACACACACUAAUAUUACUGCUGCCAUUAACACUCUGCUGUAGCCUGAAAAAAUUAUUGUAACCAGUCAGAUAUGUUAUAAAUGUCUUAUAAAGCUUUGUUAUAAAUGUUAUAA